CGAAGAUCUGGGUUCUGUACUGUUCCCGAGAAGAUUGCCGCUUACUCCAGAGCGACAAUAGCUUGGAAGCAAUCCGCGCUCACAGAUCGCUGCAGCUUCUACGUUAGACUUUUCUGACGUCUGCACAGGACCUGGUCGCAAGCCAUCGAACACUACUCCUGCUCGUACGGCAAGGAAACAAUUGUACCAAAUCAUGGAUGAUUUUCAUGACCUGGUUUCCAGGGGCAAGUUCGAUUACGAUGGAGAGACAGAGGAGACUACCGCGGCAGAGAGCCUCUACGGAUACGAAGGCUUUGACGCUCGCGAGUGUGUCAAGACCUUCAACACCAUGGUGAACAAGGGCGAGCGAGCGACGUUGUGUAUGUACGACGUAGCGGUGAUAGCCGUCGUCUACCUCACCCGUGGCACUAACCUUCGCUCGAUGCGGGGAACUGUUUCGCGUGCUGACAGGUUCAUGCUCUUCAAGCUGAUCACCACAUACGGGCUGCGCUCUGGCAAGCAGCCCGUAGAUGUUCUUUCGCUGGCGAGGGUCAGUCUUACAUUCGCCACCGUAACUGUCACGGUUGCCAUGUACUUUAAGGACCAUCUACCUGUGCCGAAUUCUGAAAUGAGUAGAGUGGUACGCGAUUACCCAGCCGCCAUGAUGACGACAGCCUUCGCUGGGCUCAUUCCUCAAGGUAUGGCCUACACAGAGAUCAUUAGGGACGCUCACUAUCUUUACCUUGGCGAGUUGUUUAACCGUAUCGAUGCCCGGUUGCGGCUCGCCCCAAACUGGUAUGUCUUCGAGAGCUUCGCGGCACACGCCUCGGCUCUACAAGAGAGCUACCCAUUGGAUCAGACGCAACGUGUGGCUCUCAUGGAAGAGUGGGGAAUCCUAGUGGGCGGAGUCUGCUCCGAGGCUGUGAUCAAGGCGGCCAUGCUAUUUAGGGAGGACUACGUCCGACCAGUGCAUGUAUAA